GAGGAUUUCCUUCAAGACGAGUUGUUUACCUCCGAGAAAACUCUGGCAUUAUGAGCGUGGAAAGCGGGAUCGUGGGGCCUUCUGUAGCCGUCACGUCCAUGGUAGUGUUCGGCAUGAUCAGUAGGACGUUUUUGAGGCUUCCCAUGCCGAGAAGUGUGCGGAACCCGUGGAAGUGGACCAACACUUUCGUGUCGCUCGUCCACAGCUCGCUGACGGGUCUUGGCGCUCUACUGUGUUUUUACCUUGCACCAGACAUGACCAAAGACUUGAUCACACCUGUUACUAUGCCCUCACAUCUACUGGUGUCAUUGUCUACAGGUUAUUUUAUGUACGAUGUCCUAGAUUUGUUUGUAAGCAAGAAGGCAAUGUCUCACUGGGAGCUUGUUCUUCAUCACAUCACGGUCAUAUCAUGCUUUGGUUGUGCUGUCGUCACCAAGCUGUACACUGGGUUUGCUCUGGUGGCCCUGACUAUAGAACUCAGCAGUGCGUUCCUACACAUUCGACAACUCUUACACAUGGGCGGCGUCAGCAAACGGAACGUUAUAUACCGUACAAACAGCAUGAUCAACAUCGGGAUGUACAUCUUGUUCCGGAUCUGUACGCUAGCGUGGAUGACGAGGUGGAUCGUCAUCAAUCGAGACGCAGUUCCCAUCAUUCCCUUCACGCUCGGAAGCGUUGGCCUCGCUAUCAUGACCAUCAUCAACGUCUUCCUGUUUUUCCGCCUCCUGAGAAGCGACUUUUUGCAAAAGAAGCCAAAACACAAAGACUGGUUCUCUGAGUAGAAAAGUUCUAUUCUUUGAUUUUGAUAUAAAGAGAUCAUCAGCUUUCUAUGCAAUUAUACACUCGUUGGUAAAAAAAAAUUGUGAAUGUAUGUGGUCAAAAUUUAUAUCUGAAAGAGAAGUGUAAAAUUUGGAAUAAAAGAUAUAAUUUCUUAGUAAUCCAUCUAUAGUAAACUCACAUUUCAAGUUGGGAAUGCACAAUGAUCAUGUAUGUGAAGACUUAUGUCUUAUUGGGUCUCUAGUAGCUAUCUUACUGGUGCUGAUGUGUUACCCCGAAAGACGGUUAUACCGGCUGUACAGAUUACUGUUAAUCCUUUUUCAUAGCAUAACUUCUGCCAGAUGAUUUUUAGAUGUUUGUAAUAGGACAAUCAGGAAUAAAUUGUUGAUUAAUUUUGUGGCUGUUAGGGAAACCUUUCAGAUUUUCUUCAGGAAACUGUAGCAGUUGCUUUUAGUGUUCAGCUUGAUAAACACAGCACAAUCUCAGUGACUUUGACGUGCUAAAAAUUUCCUUGCUACUGCACCAAGUAGUCGGUGUGAAAGUUAAUAUUUGUAGAACGUGAUUGGCUACAAUCCAUGACACUCAUGGUCAAAACUGUUUUCGUAAGAUAGAAGGCAUCAGUAGCUUUUGCUCCUUCCAUGUUAGGAAUCUCAUGGAUAUAUAGGAGGUACAGCAAUAGCUUAUUAAGUUAUAAUGUGCAUUGUAUAAAUCAGGCAACCAAUAACUAAGUUGUCAUAUGCAUAUAUACUAGCUUCCUUACUCUCUUCUUCUCAGGUCACACUAUAACUAUUUUACAACAUCGACAUUUCUCACCCUGAAACUGGAGGGGGGGGGGGAAUUAUAAUGGUGAUUCUAGAAUGCAGAUGUGCAGUUUCAUGUCAUAUGUAGGUUAGGAAUUCCAUUGGGCAUACUCAGGGUACAAACCGAUCAGCUGAAUGGGUACGCUUUUCACCCAGGUGCAUUACUGUUAAGGUUUUGUUGUGUUCACAACUUCAAGUUAUAAAGAGAUAAGGCAGAUAGUAAGAUCUGAUAAUGAUGUAAUGUUUGAUAAUGAGUGAUCAAGUGUGUGAAAAUCUGAAAUUGAGAUGAAAAAAAAUUGAGUACCGUUUGUUUUAAUUCAUGUGAAAAUUGUAGUAUUGACUACUUAUCUAUUUUUUUAAGAACUGUAUGAUUAUGCAUAAUUUUAGGUAUGUCUGUUGAGAACUGUUGCAUUUAUGAUUUUUACCAGUAAACAAGAAGUGUGAUGAGACAUUGUAAUCACUGAACUUCUGUAACAUUAUGCAGUUUAUUGAUCAAGACCUUACAACAAAGGUCCAUUUUAUUAUUGAAAUUUGCAGUUUAGUUUAGACCAAAAUACAUGUGGAUAUUUAUUUCUGAUAUGUUAUUUGCCAUUCUUGAUAUAUUUUGAGACGUAGUUUUAUGUUUAAUGACAAAGCUAAUGUAAUAUGUUUGUACAUUUUGCAAUUUCAGAAUGAUUUUUACAAUGAAAAUCAAAUAUAAUAGAUUUAUUACAAAUAUGUGCUUUUGCAUUCUGGUCUUUUCUGCCUGAGCAAUGUUCCCACAACUAGGGCUUUGGACCAAAAUUUGAAACUUGCAACAAAAAAGCUGAUAGAUGAAUGUUAGUAUUAUUACACUCUUGUCCCAUCAUAAUAAGAUUAUAAACAACAGUUAGAAGUAGUUGAAACAUAACAGUUCUAGAGUAUAGUUGAAUUAAGUCAAGACCUGCAACACCUCUGUUAUUUAUUCUUUAGGGCAAGUCAAGGAGGCAAGUGUUUCUCACUUAUUAAAAUGAUAAAAAACUAAUCUCACAAAGCUUUCCAUCCCUGAAUUUAAAGACUUUCUUU